CACGAUUUCACGGAAAAAUGAUGAUGUAACACUUUGGGAUCACGCCGAAAUAUGUGUGGUUGACUAGUAAUUUCUAUCCAACAUUCUUCGUCUUGGUUCUAAACUGCUAAAAAGCGCAGAGAUCUGGUCGGUGAAUAUGCCUGUAAGCAGUUCAUUAGCAAACAAAUUUACCAUCCUGUACGGUUCUCAGACGGGUCAAGCGAAAGCAAUUGCCGAAGAAAUCCAUGAAUUCUCUGAACAACAUGGCCUGGAUUCGAACCUUUUCUGUCUCAGUCUAACGGAGAAGAAGUUUAACCUAGAGAAAGAAACCCUUGUGGUGUUUGUAGUGUCAACAACAGGAGAGGGGGAUCCUCCAGAUACCAUGUGUAAGUUUUUUAGAAGACUGAAGAAGAAGACUUUGCCCAGUAACCAUUUAGAAAAUUGUCGUUACGCCUUACUCGCGCUUGGGGACACCAAUUACACAAAUUUCUGUAACAACGGUAAAAACCUUGACAAGAGAUUACUGGAGUUAGGGGCACAGCACUUCUACGACACUGGUUAUGCUGAUGAUGCAGUUGGUUUGGAGUUGGUAGUGGAACCAUGGAUGGAAGGACUAUGGUCUGCACUGAGAAAGCAGUUGGGUCUGGAGACACAGAAUGGUGGCAUGUCUGAUGUUGAGGCAAAAGUUCCUGUGAUUGAUUCACCAGAACAACCCCUCACUCAAAGUAAAUCUUUAAAGGUUUUAGCUGACUCAGUCUUAGAGAACACUAGUAAUGGUGGUUUGCAUGAGACAGAUUCAGUUGUUGUUGUUACAAAUAGUCACAGCUGUGACCAACUAGGUGGAAGGAGUCUUACCAAUGCUGCAUCAAUAGCAGUGGUUAAAGCAAAACCUCCUGGUGAUCAGAAUUUACCAGCCAUAGAUAAUGAUGGCCCAGUUGCAUGCAACGGUGAGCAUACCUCAACACCCACCUUAAGUGAUCAGUUAAAACAGUCUUUGCCCCCCUUGUCAACUUCUGCCUUGUCCAUACCACAAUUAUCACCAGCUUAUUUACAGGUAAGCUUCCAUCCUGAUUACAAAUGGGACUGCUCUACAUUACCUGUACAAGCUGGUGCAAGCUUUCCAAGUGCUGUAACUGAAGUCUCCAUGGCAACAGUUGUUUCAGCAAGGCAGCUGACAGAAAGUCACUCAAUAAAGACAGCUUUGGAUAUAGAACUGGAUAUCACAGACUGUAACAUGAACUACAAACCUGGGGACUCUUUUGGUAUUGUUUGUCCAAACCCCAAGGAUGAAGUUGAUGAACUGAUAUCAAGGUUGGAUUUGAGUGAGAAAGCAGGUAUUCCAUUCUCCAUUCAGUUAAUUCCAUCUUCAACCAAAAAGGCAGCAUGUGUUCCAAACUACAUACCUGAGUACUCCACCAUUAAGUAUACUCUGCUAACAUGCCUGGAAAUCAGAAGUGUUCCAAGCAAAGCUCUUGUAAGGGUUAUGGCAGAGCACACAGCUGAUCCACAAGAGAAGAGGAGACUCCAAGAACUUUGCAGCAAACAAGGCACAGGUGAUUACACCAAGUUUGUCAGAGAACCUUACUUGUCUUUGCUGGACUUACUCAACACCUUUCCAUCAUGCAAGCCUCCAUUUGAAAGGCUAUUAGAACUUUUGCCCCGCUUGAAAGCACGUCCUUACUCAGUGUCAAGCUCACCUUUGGAAAAUCCCAAUGGUCUUCACUUUGUUUUCAACAUUGUGGAAUUUCCAGCCUUGGAAGGUGUAAGGGGCCAAAGACAAGGUGUUUGUACUGGAUGGUUGGCUUCUACCACAAAAAGUCUGGGGGAAGUUUUAAUUGGUAGUAACAAGGAAUUUGAUGUUGACCUGUCUCAGUUGUUAGUGAAAGAUAGACCAAAAGUUCCAGUGUUCCAGCGCAAAAAUCUCCACUUCAAACUGCCAAGUGCUCCUAACACACCUAUCAUUAUGAUUGGUCCUGGCACAGGGGUAGCACCUUUUAUAGGCUUUCUGCAGCACAGGGAACUCAUCUUAAAGGCCUCUAAUGACCAAGAGCCUCUUGGAGAAUCAUGGCUCUUCUUUGGCUGUCGUCAUAAGGAAAAAGAUUACCUGUACCGUAAGGAACUUGAAUGUUACUUGUCUACUGGUGUUUUGUCACACCUCUUCCUCUCCUUCUCUCGUGAUACAGUUGAUGAUUUGUCCAGUAAACCAACACCAAAAUAUGUUCAAGACAACUUGAGAAGCCAUGCCACUGAAGUAGCUGAACAACUGUUUAACAAACAAGCAGUGGUUUAUGUUUGUGGAGAUGCAGACAACAUGGCCAAAAAUGUUUUUGAUGCUUUUCUGGAGAUUACUCAAGAGUACAAAGGGGUAGACAUAGCUGAGGCACGCAAGGAAAUGAUGAAGCUGCGCGAAAACAAGCAAUACCUCGAAGACAUUUGGACUUAGUGAUACAUGUAGGAAAAAUUAUGGACACAUAUAACUUGAUACUAACCAAUUGAAAUAGCUUAGUAACGGCACUAGGAUAUCUCAGAUCAACGCCAAUAUCUGAUCAAUUGUGGAUCCACCCCUCCCCUAACCCAUCAUUAGCCCCAGCUUGCUAUCAAUUGACUUUUGUUUGGUUAGGGGAGGGCUAGAUUGGUCGAAUACUGACAUUGAUUGUAUACCUCCAUAAAUCCAGUAAUACUUUAAAUUUCCAUAGAGGUCAAGGAAAUGCUCCGUGGUUGAGACACAUCUGUCCUGUCAAUGCAUGUAUGUUGGAAUGUACACGUAAAGGGGGAAACAAGAAAAAGAAGGGGGCCUGGUUAUUGUGAAUGCCAUAUUGUUUCAUCCAAUUACAUACAAGACUGGGGACUACAUGUUUUGGGUUCAAAGGCACCAAGGAUUCCACAAAGUUUGCCCAAACCAAGUGGAUAAUUCUAAAUGUGGAAUCAUUUUGCUCAUUUAAACUGUUGCUGGUGAAUUAUGCUCAAAUGCUCAAUUUCACUCAAAUCCUGGAAGUGGCUCCUGUACAAAUUUCUUGGUAGGUAUUUCAGUAAUGGUGCAUUUUUUAUCAGUACAUAUGGUAAAUUAACCUUUCCUGAGGUGCUGACAAGGUGAAUUUGUUUAACAAAUGAGCUUCUUCAGUUGGAGAUCAUUGCUUUUAUUCUCAUGACCUUUAUGUGAUAUUCUGGGGUGACACUGUAUGGAGAAAUUACAUGCUAGUCACUCUUAGGGUUAAGUUAAAGUAGCUGGCAAAAGAAGGCAGAUUAAUGAGUGGGUUUUGCCAGUUCUUAUUUAUGACCCUGGGCAGAUGUUAAUUUGGGAUCUCCCUAGUUGACCUCCCUUCUGCUACUGUAUAUUCCACACAAAACAUCGUCAAAAUACUUGGUUAACCAGGGUAUAACUUUUUGAGGCAUAUUUCAGUGGAAAACAAACAAUGGAAAAUUGUUGGUCUUCUGGUAGAGCAGCCAGUGGUGGCUGAAAGAAUGAUGCAACAAUAUGUUCUUACUUUCACCUAUCUCUUAUUUAAUAGUGUGAUCAAUUCUUCUGGCAGCAGGCCAGUCAAGAAUAGGGCAAUCCAAUGAAAUUUUCAGAACUGUUAGUGUUAGUUGCUGGGUGAUUUUUUCACUCAGAGGGUUAAAAGUGGUACAGAAACUUCAAGUCAAGGAGAAAGUAAUGCUUUAUUUUAAAAUUAAUGAAUAAUACAUUAUUGAUUACAGUAAUACUGUUUACCAUCUUUGGAAUGAGCAAAUUUAAAAUCCUUCCAUAUUAUUGAUCUUUAAGUCAAUUUUUGUGGGAUUGCUUGUUGAAUUCCUUCCAGCAAAAAGUUAAAUUUGUAGAGGCUAAUGAAUGCCUGCUUCUUUGGCUCAAUCCUCUAACUCCCAAGAUCCACUUAAAAAUUCUCCCUACUGGCUGCUAUACAUUUCUUUGUAUAUUAGACAGGAGAGCUUGGUACUGGAUUGAGAUAACACUAAGUAGCUGAUUAGCUUGUCUGUUCUCAUUACCAAGAUUUUGCAAGAUAAAUUAUUAGAAAUAUAAUGAGAAGUUUUACGUGAAUUGCUUCUGAGGGUCAAAAGGUUAACUUGGUCACUAUGUCAGCUAAUCAAUUUAAUUAAACUGCUUGUGAGGAAGGAACACAAUUCAUAUAAAGGCUCUGUCGAGGUAGACUUACUCCAUCAAUAAAUAUUAUUUUUCAGUUUAAUUUCAUGAGUGGAAGUCUUUGUUAACUUGUGCACAAAAUGUUUUCCUAUUUCUUCUAUCAACAAAUUUUAUGGAAACUUCUUUCAAAACACCACUUCAGAAAUUAAUUAAUCAAAAUAACUGAGUCUCACAAAAUUCAUGUGACAAGGUUGUGCUAAGAUGCACAUAAAGGCCUUGGAGGAAUAUUCAA